GACUCUCAAACUGUUGGAAGAAUCAGCUUCCAGCAUCCAUUAUCUGUCAAGGCAUGUUCUUGAAACUACUGUCGCUUGCGUGCUUAAGCAGACGCACAACCAGACCUACAUGUUCAAGUACGAUAGUGUACACGGCCAGUGGAAGCACCACGAUAUUAAGGUUAAGGACGGCAAGACUCUUCUCUUUGGAGAAAAAGCAGUCACCGUUUUCGGUACUAGGAACCCGGAGGAGAUCCCAUGGGGAGAGGCUGGAGCUGAAUAUGUGGUUGAAUCCACUGGAGUUUUCACUGAUAAGGACAAGGCUGCUGCUCAUUUGGAGGAUUUGUACUGUUCGGAAUCCUCUAGAAAUCUGACCACUCCAUAUCCUCUAGAAAUCUGACCAUUCCAUCCUUCUGAUUAACCGUUGAAAAAAUCUCACCCUCCUGGAUCUAAAAUUGUACCAAAAACUGAUUUUACUAGAGAUGGAUGCUGAUUUAUAGAUUAAUCCUGCGAUUCUGAUGUUACCAU